CCACGCAUGAUGCAUCAAACAUCGUCAAAGCUGCUCCGCAUGACGGACGAUGAUCGGCCUUACACAAGGGAUUUCAAGGAUCUAUUCGCGACGCUCAUGGUCAGCCUGCCACUUACGGCCCAUCGAGUACGAUUCUCGAGAUAUGAACACACUUUCACGACGGAAGAAGCGAUAACGAACCUUGGUUCACUGAAAUUUUCACAAUCCAACCGCAUGCCAGAUCCAAGAGACACGUCCAGAAUAGUGACCACAACGACCACAACGACCUUCUCUAUGGCAAGGGAAAUGGCACGCAACACCCUUGGGCGCAUGUUGGAGGCACGCUUCAUCGAGUCUGUGGACGGUAGAACAGACUUCAGCUCGAGGAGUUCGGUCUGGCAGCUUACCCCCAAAGGCAUGCAUAUUCUGGCGCGAUUCUGUCAGAGAAACGGCAUCCACCAGCGCCACGUCAACGAGUUAUUGGACUCACCGAGGAAUAUCAUGCAAUUGGUCAUUUUGGAGCGGGAUCCGGAGACUGAUGCCAUCAGCCACGAUCAAGCAACGAUCGACGUAAUCUUCCGACGAUUUGCUGGUGACACCGGACCAAACCUCAAAUCCACCUCCACCGCAUCUGAUUCUGACUCCAUGAACGACUACGCUACCGGACUUGUGGGAGUGAAGAUGCAACGUUCGCGACGAGCGGACAAAGAUGCACCCUACGUCUUCACCGGGAAAGCAGCAUUCGAUUGGCUCAUGGACUGUUCUACAACAGUUGCUAAACGCGAAGUCUUCGACCUUGCGAACCUGUUCAUCCGAAGUGGGUUCAUCGAGCCUGUGGGAGACGAACGACACGGACACGCUAGUUCAACUGGGGCUGCUCCACGGUUCGCAGCAUCGAGGACGCAACUCUACGCGGUUACACAAAAAGGGAUGCGCGUUGCAGGAUGGAUCACAAGUCCUAACGGCACUGUCAACGGGGAGGCGACGGUGUCACAAAGGGCACCACAAGGGGCUGUUCGUGACUCCAAUACGAACCGUAUGACGAUCAUUCUACGCGACCCAGCACUACGGCUCUUGUUCAGGGAGUACCUUCGAGAAACACACUGCGAGGAGAACUUGGCCUUCUACGUUGAGGUGAAAGCGUUCCUGGAUGAGCACCAGCGGGCCAAGCGCGGCUCCUCACCUCCACGGCCGGAUGUGAUCAGGGAAACCCUCGCCUCGGCGUACAGUCUUUACAACGCCUUCCUUGCUCCUGGCUCUCCAUGCGAGCUGAACAUCGAUCACAACCUUCGAAAUGCACUUGCCGGCCGCAUGACCCGUGCUGUUGGCGAGGAUGAGCAGAUGAUCCAGAGCCUAGACGAGGUGGCCGUCCUGUUCGACCAAGCGCAAAACAGCGUCUUCAAGCUGAUGGCUAGCGAUUCUGUGCCCAAAUUUUCGAGGGAACCCAAGUAUGCUUCAAUUCUGCGAGAGCGGAAUCUAGAAAGCAUGCUUGCGGCAACGUCGAUCAGCUAGAAAUUGAAGCCGAACCAGCUGAUACCUUCCGGUUUGACCAAGACCUACCACGUUUUGCAAAUCUGUGCAAUACUGGCGUCUAAAAGAAAGGCUUUCGUCCCGAUACCCUUUGCAUGGGACUUGGUUUACUGCUUUGGAGUGUGCAAGCAAGCAAGCAAGCAAGCAAGCAAGCAAGCAAGCAGCAGCGUCUGGCGUUGGGGGAUCGAAGCGAAGCGAAGCGUUGAUCAUGGAGUCACACGCAUUGCGUUGGCGUUUUCUUGUUUAUUCCUGUUCUUUUGGGUGCGGCGAAGUCAUAACCUACAAAGCAUUCUAAUCAACCUUGCUGGCUGCACUGAAGUUUACAGGUACUGGAAGGUAAUCCUGAAGCAGGCUCCGUGUUUCGGGCCUUGGAUCUCUGCGCAGUUUGGAUACCAAACGAUGCAGUAGAGAUGGAAAGCAUGGGCAAGCAUGUGGACUGAGACACUGCCACGACAAUCGACUCGGUACUCCUCUGCAUAGAGGAGCUUGUACAGUACCACGUUAGACAGUGAACCCGCCAAUUGAAGAACCUGCGAAACGCG